CAUGAGAGAUACUUGGUCCGUGUUCACAUAAAAUGAACUGCUCCCACAUCAAAAUCAUUAAAAUGGUUGCCGAUCAAAAGAUUUCCGUGUCUGACGGCUAAAAAUAACCUUACAUUUUCGUUGUUCUCUAUGCUAGCCAUCGCGCAGUAAAUUUCCAUGUUUGUUUUGUGUUUCAAAGUAAACAUUAAACUGGUUGGAGUAUUACUUUUAACCUACUUCGGUCUGUACUUUGCACUCCAUUUAAGAAGAGUUUAGGUUGAUGUAUUCGACUCACUUGGACAAUGUAAAAUAUCAAUUGUAAUGGCAAAUCAUUACGAAGUGCCUAAUUGGGCUGGCAAGCCUCCAGUUGGUCUACACCUGGAUGUUUUAAAAGGAGAUAAGUUAAUUCAAAAAUUGAUGGUAGAUGAGAAAAAAUGCUACUUAUUUGGCCGUAAUCAACAGCUGAAUGAUUUCUGUAUAGAUCAUGCAUCGUGCUCACGAGUUCACGCAGCACUUGUUUAUCAUAAGCAUUUAAAUCGAGCAUUUUUAGUUGAUUUGGGCAGCACACAUGGAACCUUCAUCGGAAAUAUGCGUCUCGAAGCCCACAAGCCAACGCAAUUACCGAUUGACAGUACGUUUCACUUUGGAGCAUCUACUCGAUACUACAUAAUUCGGGAAAGACCACAAAGUGGGACAAGGGCAAUCAUCGAAGAGCUCGAAAAAUCAUCGGAAGAUAACGAAGCAGGUGGUCUAUUAGGUUUACCCGAAACUGAAACAGAACUUGAUAAUCUAACCGAAUUCAACACGGCACAUAAUAGACGUAUCUCUAUGCUUGGUAUAACAGAUGACGAUGUACACAAACCAUCGAGAAAAAGGAAAAAAAAAGGUAUAACGUUCAAUGACGACGAAGAAGUCAUUAAUCCUGAAGAUGUUGAUCCAUCGGUUGGUAGAUUCCGCAAUCUUGUACAAACAACUGUAGUUCCUAGCAAGAGAAUGCGAAUGGAGGGUGGCUUGAUAUCUUUGUCGGAAGAUUCUCAUAAUCCUCUGAAACAUUUGCAACCUACCUCAACGACACCGCACCUUUAUCAUGAUUUACCACCGGAACAAUUUACACCAUCUACGCUUUCAAAUAAUCCUUUCUCUGCAGCACUGACUUCAUUGACCUCUCGUCUUGGAAUAGCGCUUCCCAAUCCUGCUCCAGAGGUUGAAAUGACACCUAAUCAAAUGCAAACGGAAGUGACACACACACCAGAUAUAUCGGGUCCCCCGGAAACACAUGCAAUGGAACCAAAAAAGAAAAAAUAUGCUAAGGAAGCAUGGCCUGGGAAGAAACCACUUCCCACACUGUUAGUGUAACGAUAUUUAGUGUCACAUUUGGGUGUUUACGGUAGAUUCAAGAAGUGAAGGACCAAAAACGCUCAAUAUAUUGUAAAGGGGGAACAAAAUUAAUUGUAAAACUUAACAGACUCCGUGUCUUGAUUUAGCAUGUGUAUAAAAACAAAAAUAGAAAAGGAAGCAAGAUAGUUGAUCGCGUGCAAAUUUAUCGUAUAGAAAUUAAAGUGCUUAAAAAUACUUUAAAGUUAAUACAUUUGCUUGUAAAAAUGCAAUAUUCUCUUUGCAUGAUUUGUUUCAGAAAACAAAUCGAGAAAUUCCGGUAUACAUAAUUACUUGCAAUUUCUAUGUCAAGAGUGCACUAAUUUAAGUUUCAUGUAUAUGUUACCGAUACUCAGUUAUUUUUACAAUGAAUUUGAAAGAAUCACUAGAUCAUAAGCGCUAACUAGAGAUUCAUUUUAUUCGCCUAGAACGACUGUAAAUGGUUGCUUUGAAUAGAUACUUUGAUUAUUUGAAGUGAACACGCAUAUAAUUAAUAAUAGUUGCAAGGUUUUUUUUCACUUGAUUUAGGUAUCAGAUUGUACGAAUAGAAGUAUAAGUUAUAGACAUUGCGUAUUACUAAUAGAAUAAAUUAUAAAAAUAUCAGUUCAGUAAAAAUACGUAUUCCUAUGUUAUGACGGAGGCAAGUUUCAGGGAAUCCUUAUAAUUCCAAUCAAAGAAAUUUGUAACGGUACAAUGGUCCUAUGUAUAAAAUUAGCGUUCACCGAAGUGGUAAUGUUCUGUUCAGUGACGAACGAAAUAUUAAGAAUAAACGCGAUUUUGAAUUUU